AUUUGCGUGGUGAAUGUUGAGAGCGUUCAACUUUGCUGACCUAAAUGGACUUAGUUUUACAUUAACUCGUUGUUGAGCUUAAACAACUCGAAAAAUGCCUAAUGUUUUAUUGGCGUUAUUUUAGCGUUUUAAGUGAACAAUCUAAAUAACAGCGGCUGGUGAUUAUUUGCACCCCGUCUUCCGGUCACGUGACACAGAACCGAAACCUAACAUCUUGAAACAAAAUCGAAACUUUCCCUACCUCGAGUACAUUUUGGGUGAAGUCGUUCCCUUUGAUUGUUUGUUUCUCCUCAGCAAAAGCGUUUUUCCCCCCCAGUUCGAUUGUCGAAAGUGCGGCGCUUUAUCGCUCGUGUUUGUGUUCGAUUGUCGAAAGUGCGGCGCUUUAUCGCUUUUUGUGCUCGGUGGAACAUGAUGCUAACUCAACGCUGUUAAAGCAAAGAAAAAGCAGCUUUGCGUUAGCGAUUAAAAAAAAAAAAAAAAAAAGUUCUAUUGUCUGCGAGGAUAUUUAUCUGUAAUUUUUCACUCACCGACUUCAAUCUGCACUCUUUUGAGCCGUUUAAAUCUUCAUCACAGCCUUCUUCAACAUAAGGUGCUCUGUCCUUGUCUGACCUGAUAUCAGGCUUUGCUGUUGGUGGGUCCAGGUUCAGAAAGAAGCUGCAUAACCAGCUGUCCGAAACCCUUCUUUCUCAGCCCCUGCGCUAUGAGCAGAGGUAGAGGAGGGUCUUACAAAAAACUAUACCACUUGCAUCCACCACUCCUCCAGCAAAUAGAGUAUUACGAACGGCCUGGCCCGUUCGCCGGCAUUCCGAGAAGUGACCCUCAUCCCCAGGAGUCAUUUUCAAGUCACUACAGCGGACCUGUCCGUGCUGUAGCCUCCACUCUACCGUCGGCUCCUCUUAUCCCCUCUGUUCUGCCCAUACCAAGCCCCACAAAAAAGUUUCCUACUCCUGCUACCUUAACUUCACAACCUUCGGUGUAUGAUCCCCAUCCAGUGUCCAGUUCUUUUCGCGACCUGCAGGUCCAGUUUCUGAGAGGACAGAGAGUUGAGGCGCCGCGAUUCAAAGAGGAUUUCUCCCACCAGCAGCUGUCGUCAGGUUACAGUAGACAUCCAAAGACAAACAACGGGAGAGAAUGUUAUAGCCAGGACCCAUCUCUUGCGUGGCUACCAAAUGAAAGACACCCACCAACCCAACGCUUGACCCAAAACCUGUUGCAAACCACAUACCUCAGCUCCAGCUGUCAAUUGAGCAUACAAGAUAACAAUUUUUGCAAAAGUUUUAGUAGCUUGUCACUCUACCACAACAGGACCAACGGCGAAGACUUCACGCCACGCUUCCAUAAAAGUAACAUCCUUUCCACUCCAGAAAUCCAAGACCAGGUGUACCUGGCUUUGGCUGCUCUAAAACCAAGCGAGCGUAUCUCUGCUAGGUUGCUGGGCAAAAAACUACGUCUUCCCAAAAAGAUAGUCAACCAGGUUCUGUACACUUUAGAAAGUUCACAGAAAGCCUUCAAGCAAGGACUCUCCCCUCCAGAGUGGGCUUUAUACAAAGAACCGGUCAGUGUUGAGGAACAGCAAAAGCCCCAACUACCUAAAGUUAAGCUAGAAAUCAAAACAGAAACAUUAGACGAGGGAGAACAGGUAGAAAAAGACAAUUCUGACCUAGAAAUAAGGUCUUUUUUCUCUUCUUCUGAGUCUUCUCUUUCGGAAGCAUCUCACUCACCAGAAAAAAUCCGGCCGCAAGAGAAACAGCACCCUAAAACCAACACAUCCCCUGAUCCAUCCAAACCUUCCACCAUGGCAGAUCAGAAGGAGGCCAUUCUGCAGCACCUCCUGAAUUUAGGAGAGGUGACUUCGCUCGUCCUGGCCAAAAAUAUGGGUCUGAGGACUUCCAAACAGGUCAAUUCCACCCUCUAUGACCUGAAUAAAAAAGGUGAGGUUGUGAAGAAUAGCGAAGUCAAUCCUCCCACCUGGGAGCUCUCCACCCACCGCAGAGAGAAGAUGAUGAGGAGCCUCAAAGCCACCAAGAGCAGUCAGGUGGACGAAGUUGCUUCUGAGGUGAAGGCGGAGGAGUCUCUCUUACUGCCUGAACCAAUAAUAGCAGACUCUGAGCCACUGCCAAUUAACGAAAAUUGGAUACCAAAGCAGACUGAAAAGGGGACAGAGACCAGCGAGGGACAGUGGGCAUCUGAUGAUAUACCAGAAUUCCUGAAUGCCAUUCGCAAGCAGACAGACUCUAAUAAAGCGUCAGAUAUGGCCAACCCUGUGGGAACUGUCGCUGUGUCUUUGGCUGCCCCGCCGGCACAGAACCUAUGGGCAAAAUUGCAAGAGGUUCAGCUGAAGAAUCCCGUGAGUGGCCUGAUGGAGUACGCACAAUUUCUGGGCCACAGCUGUGAGUUCCUACUACUGGACCAGUCAGGACCCUCUCAUGACCCAAGAUUCCGCAUGCAGGUGAUGCUGAACGAGAGACUGUUUCCAGUAGCGGAAGCGUCCACAAAGAAGGUUGCGAAAAAAGACGCAGCUGCUGCCACCUUGUUGAUUCUCUUUGGAGAAAUGCAGGGAGGGACAAGUACUGGAAGUGAAGGAAGUACUGCAGGGAUAGACCAGGAUAAAAUGGACAUACUCCCCGAAUCUAGUGCUCCCAUUGAAGGCUCAGGGGAUAUUUUUGGGCCUGGGAGUGUGGAAGUGAUGGGGAUGGCCGAGGGAUCCCGCCAGCCUCUGUCACGCUCUCUGCCUGGGGGGAAGAAUCCGGUGUCGGUCCUGAUGGAAUACAGCCAACGUAGCGGCAACCCCAUUGAAUUCAUCAUCACUGGCCAAGUUGGCCCACCACAUGACCCACGGUUCAUGUACAAAGUCAAAGUUGGAGAGUCUUUGUUUGCUGAGGCCUCAGCUCCGAGCAAAAAGGCAGCGCGCCAGCUGGCAGCAGAGGAGGCCGUCAAAGAAUUAAUGGCUGACGGGAGGCUGCAGCUCAACAAGCCCCAGUUGCCUCUUGGCUCCAACAGCGAUAGCGAUAACUGUGGGACGACUUGCCCUUCUUUGCCACCCCUGACGGCCGAUGAGCUGCGAGCAGCCCAUGAGGCGGGUGUUGGCGACCUCAUCAACCACCUAAACAAUAAUGCAGUAUCAGGCCUUUUGGAAUACGCCCGGGCCAGAGGAUUUGCCGCUGAGAUCCGCCUGGUGGGGCAAUCCGGGUCUGCACACGAGCCUAAGUUCACAUACCAGGCCAAACUCGGUGGACGCUGGUUCCCUCCGGUGUGUGCGUCCAACAAAAAGCAGGGCAAACAAGAAGCCGCCGACGCUGCUCUCCGCGUUCUGAUUGGAGAGGCAGAGAGGGCUGCCCGGACAGGGGAGCUGAUCCCUGCUGAGCUUCCUGUGAGUGGCAGUACCUUACACGACCAGAUCGCCAUGCUGAGCCACCAGCGCUUCAACGCCUUGACCGCACGCAUCCAGCACAGCCUCCUGGGACGCAAGAUCCUGGCCACCAUCGUCAUGAGGAGGGGAGAAGGCCUGGGGACUGUAGUCAGCUUGGGAACUGGUAACCGCUGUGUUAAGGGGGAGGAGCUGAGCCUAAAAGGGGACACUGUCAAUGACGGCCACGCUGAAAUCGUCUCCAGAAGAGGAUUUAUUAGGUUUCUGUACAGCGAGUUGAUGAAGCACUGUGAUGGCACAGAGAACAGUAUAUUUGAGGAAGCGGAGGACAACAAACUGCGGGUCAAAUCGGACAUCACCUUUCACCUCUACAUUAGCACGGCGCCAUGCGGGGAUGGCGCUCUGUUUGACAAGUCGUGCAGCGAGACGGGGGAUGAGGCGUCUGGUCAUCAGCCUCUGUUUGAGAAUGCCAAACAGGGCAAGCUGCGCACCAAGGUGGAGAACGGCGAAGGCACCAUCCCAGUGGAAUCCAGCGCCAUUGUGCCCACCUGGGAUGGCAUCCAGCACGGGGAGAGACUCCGCACCAUGAGCUGCAGUGAUAAGAUCCUGCGCUGGAACGUGUUGGGCCUGCAGGGGGCGCUGCUCACUCACUUUUUGCAUCCCAUCUACCUGAAGUCCAUCACGCUUGGUUAUCUGUACAGCCACGGUCACCUGACUCGAGCGGUGUGCUGCAGGCUGGCGAGAGAUGGCCAGGCGUUCAACCAAAGUCUCCCCUCUCCCUUCCAGCUCAACCACCCUGAAGUGGGCCGAGUCAGCGUGUACGACUCCACGCGCCACACAGGAAAAACUAAGGAGUCCAGUGUGAACUGGAGCCUUCCGGACCAGACAUGUGUGGAGGUUCUGGAUGGGACUAAAGGGAAACUAGACGGGAACAAGCUGGCCGUGUCGCGCGUGUCCAAGUCCACCCUGUUCUGCAUGUUCCGCACGCUGUGCCAGCGGUGCAACCGCAUGGACCUCUUCUCCAUGCUCUCAUACUCCCAGGCCAAGCUAGCGGCCACCUCCUUCCAGCUGGCCAAGCAGCAAUUCUUCCGAGCACUCAGCGACCACGGCUACGGAGCGUGGAUCGGCAAACCCAUGGAGGAAAAAAGCUUCGAGGCGGUGGAGUGGACGAGCGGCGGCAGCGGCAGCGGUGGCCCGGUCGUGUUCGGAACCAACAGGAAUGGUGGAGCCAUGGAAUACAACCAGGUGGAGGCGUAGCGUGAAGCGGGUAGGGAACAUGGGCGUGAGGCGGCGUGAAAAGGAUGGGAGGUGGACGUCAAAAAAAAUCGAGAAAAAAAGGACAAUCAAAUAACACUUGGCCGCCAGCGUGUCAUCUUAUGUGGUUAAAGGCUAAGAAGAGAGUGAUGGGAGCGGACGGAGGAGGAAGACGAGAGGGCUUGAAAAUAGCAAGAGUCGGCUUGCGUUGGCUUGUACAGACACCCGCUUUUUCUCCUCCCGCUCACAAUGUCAGAUCACAUGAUGAAAUAUUAAUAUGAUUAAGUAUCAUGUGACCUGCCAUUUGGGGCAGUGCUCCUGAGACAGAGGAGAAUAACCGGGGCCAAUGGCGGGUCACGUGACAGCAAGUCACGUGACCCGCCAUUGGGGCGGUGUUUCUGCUACCGAGCUUUAUUUUAUUCAUGUUGUGAGGAAAACCCGCAUCGAUGUCUAACACCUCUUUUCUGAUUAUAAACCAGCUACGUGCAAACGUACAAGCAUCCAUCAUACACACGUGGUUGCCGUGGUUACCAUUAGCACAGCGUAGGUCCUUGCACCGCUUUUGUUUCGCUUUUAUAUAAACAUACAUACAAGAAAGAUGAUGUCAUGGCCUCCGGCCGCCCAAAAGAAGUCGACGAGGUCGCCGCGCCCUUAUAUGGUCAUUCCACGGUUGUUCUUUUUUUUUUCUUUUCUUUUUUUUGAUGAUGACGAUGCUAUAUGCAAGUUGAUACAAGCAGUUCAUGCAAAUGCACAAGUUUGAGUGGGAACCAGUCUCAUGAAAAGUAGCCCAAAUAUUCCAUAAUUCCAUCUAGAAGAAUUAAUAACCUUAUUGUGUCAGCACUUGUAGACACCCAACUUUUUAUUUUCUUUUAUUUGUGCUUGUUUUUUUGGCUUUUAGCUCCCACGCGGCCACUUGAGGCCUCCAGAAAGCUCUCAAAAAUCCGGCCUACAUUUAUUCUGAAUUGAUUUUUAAGUUACGGCUCAACAAAGUGAAUCACACCCAUAAACAUGUUUGUUUUUUUAUUGUACACUUGCAUCCUUUUUAAUGUUUGCAACCUGCUGAUUCAUGCAAGUGUGACAUUUUUUUUCUCCCCCAAAUCGAUGUAUACUUUUUGUUUUAAAGAGGGCUGCGGUUUUAUUUGAAAAGAUCUCUGGAUGCCUCUGUUAGCAAUAUGUUAGACACCCUUUGUGUGUGUGUAGGUUAUUGUAUAGCACUGUAGUGAAAUGUUUUUUUUUUUACAAAAUUGGAGGUUCAAAAAGAAUAAAUGAGGUAUGUUCCAGUGAAA